UGUGCUUCCUUUAUUUCUAGCUGACUACUUCCACAGACACUCAAAUCAAGUGGGAGUGACUUCUGACUUCUUAUCAACAUCACGUUACCCGUCCUGCCAGUAAAUAGUCCGGAGCCGCUUUGCACAAGGACACCGCGGGGGACAAGGACCAAGUCCGCUGCUGCCCACCGGACUUAGACCCCGAGCAGUGUCACCGAGGGGAGGGCUGGUGGUGUGCUGAAACGCCUGCAGCAGCAGCAGCCCCGCGGUGUGCUCUCUGCAGCUCUCCCCGGCGGAAAGCGAAAUCGAUGGAUUUCCAAAAACUGUGCACUUUUGAAACUUUUAAGCAGCUCUGCAGUCACUACGGUCAUGGGGACAACUUCCAGGACGUGAUCGAGCAGGAGUUCGCCCGGAUUAAAGGAAUAACAUAUCUGGAUCAUGCAGCAGCUACUCUGUACCCCGAGUCUCUCCUCAGGGACUACUUCCAGGACAUUUCCAGGAAUGUGUACGGAAACCCUCACAGCCAUAACCCCAGCAGCAAACUGACACAUGACACGGUGGAGAGGGUCAGAUACAGGGUAUUGCAGCACUUUAACACUAUCCCCGAGGAGUACUCUGUGAUUUUCACUUCUGGAUGUACAGCCGCUCUCAAAUUAGUGGCUGAGAGCUUUCCCUGGAGGCCACAGACUGAGAGCGAGGCGGGGAGUCACUUCUGCUACCUCACUGACAGCCAUACCUCUGUAGUUGGUAUAAGAGGACUGACUUCUGCCCGGGGGGUAGUUGCCCUGCCUGUCUCCCCGCAGGAAGUGGAAAACAAGGCAAAGGAUGAGGCUCAAGGUGAAGAUGCUAUUUGCCAGACACCGCACCUCUUCUGCUACCCAGCACAGAGCAACUUCUCUGGGAGGAAGUAUCCCCUCAGCCAUGUGAAAGGCAUCCAGGCGAGACGCCUCUACCCAGCAUGCGACCACGGAGGCCGCUGGUUUGUGCUGCUAGAUGCAGCCUCUCAUGUCAGCUGUUCCCCUCUAAACCUACAGGACUGCCCUGCUGAUUUUAUUCCCAUCUCUUUCUACAAGAUGUUUGGCUUCCCUACCGGUCUGGGGGCCCUUCUUGUCCGCAACAACGCUGCAGGCAUACUAAAAAAGACUUAUUUUGGAGGAGGCACAGCAGCAGCUUACCUUUCUGGAGAAGAUUAUUAUGUGCAUGCGGCAAACAUUUCUGACAGAUUUGAAGAUGGAACUGUCUCUUUCUUGGACAUCAUAGCUCUGAAUCACGCUUUUGAGUCUCUUUGCAGGAUCACAGGAGGCAUGCACAACAUCCAACAGCACACGUUUGGCUUGGCACGCUACACUUACAUGCUGCUGUCAAGUCUUUGCCAUGGCAACGGGCGACCGGUGGCUCAGAUAUACACUGAAGGCCAGUUUGAGAGUCCAAGCACACAGGGCGCAAUCCUAAACUUCAACCUCCUGGAUUCUCAUGCACAGAUUAUUGGGUAUUCUCAGGUGGACAGAAUGGCCAGUCUGUACAAUAUUCAUGUGCGCACAGGUUGCUUCUGUAACACUGGGGCCUGUCAGUCCUUCCUCGGGAUCAGCCGGCAGCAGAUGAAGAGAAACCUGCAGGCCGGCCACGUCUGCGGAGACAAUAUUGACCUGGUGGAUGGCCAGCCGACCGGAUCUGUUCGCGUGUCCUUUGGCUACAUGUCAACAUUUGAAGACUGUCAAAAGUUCCUGAACUUUGUCGCCGAGUGCUUUGUGGAGAAACCCGUCACAGUGGACCAAGUGAGACUAGAGAAGCUGAAAACAGCCACAGCAGCGUCCCACGUCUUAAAUGAAGAUCCCGCAAUCAAAAUCACUAAUGGAGAAAUAUGUAAAGUAGAUGAGAAGGAGAAGCCUACAGACGCAUUACUGAGGGGAUUUGGACAGAAACAGUCAAACAGCCGCAGGGAGGCUUAUACUUUGAACAACAUCUACAUAUAUCCCAUCAAAUCAUGUGGAGCACAUGAGGUCCACAACUGGCCAGUGGGACAGCGGGGUUUACUGUAUGACAGAGGCUGGAUGGUGGUGAAUGGAAACGGCGUGUGCCUGAGUCAGAAGAGAGCGCCGCGUUUGUGCCUCAUUCGCCCACAAGUCCACCUGCCCUCAAACAAAUUGCUCCUGCAGGCAUCAGGGAUGGAUACCAUUUCGGUUCCCCUGGAAAACAACACUCAAAUGCACACUAGCUAUCAAGUGUGUCAGAGUAAGGUUUGUGCUGACAGGGUGGAGACUGUCGACUGUGGGGAUGAGGCUGCAUCAUGGCUUUCAGACUUCCUUGGACAGCCAUGCCGCCUGAUAAGACAAAGUCCUGAUUUUACCCGAGAAAUGAAGACGAGGCGUAGUGGAGCCGCCACCAUCGCGUCCCUCUCCCUGGUGAAUGAAGCUCAGUAUCUCAUGAUCAACCGUGCCAGUGUGGAGCUCAUUCAGGAACUAAUGAGCAGCAGGCAGGACGAUUCCGAGGGCGAUCCGCUCCUUGACACACAGAAUGUCAUUAGCCGCUUCCGAGCCAAUUUAGUCAUUGCUGGAGUAGAACCGUUUGAGGAGGAUAAUUGGUCACACUUGAUUAUUGGCAACACUCGAUUCGUGGUCACAGGUCAGUGUGGAAGGUGCCAGAUGGUUGGAGUGAAUCAGGACACUGGGACCAGAACAAAAGAACCGCUAAUGUCUCUGUCGGCCUACCGUACCGGAAAGGUGACUUUUGGUGUGUACCUGGCCCAUCAGCUACCAGAGGGCUCCACUACAGCAGGUGUCCUGUCAGCUGGUUCCCUCAUACAGCCAGAGCCACACAGUUCUUGAAGAAGUCAUCUGUAACAUCCUCUUUAUUUUAUUUUUGGUAAUACCUUUUCAGUGACACCUUUUUUGUCCUGUCAUUGCCGCACUGCACGACCCAAAGAUCACCUGUCAAACACUGUGGGGAGUUUCUACAGAUGCCACUCUGUUUGUGUGUGUGCACCUGGUGGCUUUUGUCCUCUCAAGUGUCCGUUUCAUAACAGAGCAUUCAGAUUUUAUUCUUCAAGUCCACUUUGAUGAGACAUGAAUGAAAUUGUUGUAUUUUUCCCCCCCAAAAGGUUAUGUUCUUAAGAUAUGUGCAAUAAAGUAGAUGUGAAGUAUUCCAGAAAACUAUAAUUUGAAUGUAUUACUGUUAUUCAAGCCAAAACAUGUCAGGGUAGAUGCAAUAAUCACGGCUCAUGUUAACGUCCUAGACACUUCUUUCUCUGUUUAUUCCCAUGGAGGAUUAUAUUGCUAUUUAUUCCAAACACAUCACCACUGUUACUGCUGCUGCAAAUCUAAAACAUAUUGCGCCCUGUAAUGGAAAAACCUACCAGACACUCAGUGCUCUGUAUAUGCUCCCAACGGGCUACGAACAUGGACAUCACAGUUCACGGAAGAUGAAGUAUUAAUUUGAUGUAAAGAGGAUGGAAACUUUGUAUUUCCUGAAAAACAGUAAGGUUUAACCAGGGUGACAUACUUGUACAUGAAGUACAUGUGUGCUCAACUGAUCUGUCAAGGUCUUGCAAUAUCCUGUAUACUGCUACUUAUGUAGUUCUAGAAAGACGUGGCUGCUGUGUGUUCCAAGGUUUUGUUGUGCUUGUAGCAUGUUUCCAGUGUGUACCCACAUGUCAAAUGGUGUAUAGAAAUGAUACGCAUAAUGUAUGCACAGAUUGGAUAGAGAAUAGGCUCCAAAGAAAAGCUGAACUUAAUAUAUAUAUGAAUGACAAAUUAAAGGAAGUACCUACAUAAAAUGUCCUAAUUAGGUGUUGCUGUCAUGAGCCUUCAGUGCUCCUUGGCAUUGAGUCUCCAAGUUGCUUGAACUCUGGAACUGGAGGGAUGGACACCAUUCCCCAUAUUUUUAUAGGCUGUAGGCUAUGAUUCAUGAUAAUUUUCAUUCUCAUUAAACCCUUCAGUGACUCAUUUACUCCGAUUUUUUUUCUUUAAUACAGUAUGUCACACAUCUCCUUUCAUAUGUCACCCAUCUCUACUGUGCAAACUAACUGCUACAGCAGUCUGUGCACACUGACAGUGAUUGUUGCUGAGAACUUUCUAAUGUAAUCAAAUCAAUGAUGAUGUACUUACUAUUUUUAUACAUAUGUGUCUGCUAUUUAUUUUAAUUCUUUGCUAUGGACUUUUAAUGUCUUAAAUAAAAUGAACUAAAGAUGAGAUGUCAACCUUUUUUAAAUCAUCCAAUCAUUAGUUGUGUCUCUAAGUGCCAUGUUUUAAUGUCUUGGCUCACAAGCCUCUGUACUUGUAUUCUGUUUAUCAGUUAACCUGAGACCUGUAUCUGGAACCUGUUUCUGCCUGCCUAACCUGCAUGUUUGACCUUCUACCUGAUUAGUGGACUUUAGAUUAUUACUUGCUCCUUCUUGGAUUUGUUUGAUGGUGUUGGGCUACUUUACGGUUUUGACCCUUGCCCGCCUCACAUACUCUGCACGCCUACCUCAGUUUAUAUAAUUAAAUCACUAAAUUGCA